AUGACGCUGACGUGGAGCCGCACCGCCUCCUCCCACGCCCUCACCAUCUCCUUCGACGACGACCCCUCCUCCACUUUCCAAAUCACCACCAAUUCCCGCCUAUUCCGCAAAUCCAAAGGCUCCAAAUCUGUGCAUCUCCGCUCCUCCAAAAUCGACCUCUUGUGGGACCUCUCCACCGCCCGCUACCACCCCGGCCCGGAGCCCCUCGACGGCUUCUACCUCGCCGUCGUCGUCGACUCCGCCCUCGGCCUACUCCUCGGCGACAAGGCGUCGCCUCGCCAAUUCGGCACCAGCGCGAAUUUAUUUAAUAAAAAUAAAUUCUCGCUGGUGUCGCGGCAGGAGCAUUUCUCCGGGAGCGCGGUGUACUCGACAAAGGCGAGAUUCAGCGAGGGAGGAGGCGCGCACGAUAUCUGGAUCCGCUGUGGCGGAGGCGGCGGAGCAGAGAGUGAAGGGGGGAAGCAGAAUCCGAGUGUGUGGGUGUGCGUGGAUAAGAAGACGGUGAUGAAGGUGAGGAAGGUGCAGUGGAAUUUCAGGGGGAAUCAGACGAUAUUUGUGGAGGGAAUGCUGGUGGAUUUGCUGUGGGAUGUUCAUGACUGGUUCUACAAUGACAAUCCGGAUUCGGGAUGCGCGGUCUUCAUGUUCAAAACGAGGACCACCGGAUUGGAUAGCACCACAUUCUGGAUGCACGACCACAACAACUCUCCUCCUCAUCAUCGUCACCUUGAUUUCUCUUUCAUGAUUUGUGCUUGCAAGAAUUAA